GAAAACUCUCAGUCGGGCAUAAGUCUCUAAUCAGUAGUUAGUGCUCAAUUCCCUCUCAUCAACAGAGCCCGGAAAUGGGGAAAGACGAUCCGGAGACGACAGCCCUCAAGAAGGAGCUCGACGAUUUAAUCAAGAAGUGUCAGGAAGACCAAAAGAAACAGCAGGACACAACGUUAGAAGAGGCAUGUAGCUCAGUAGCUGACGCUCCGAAAGUCAAACUUUCCACGAAAAAGCUCCUCAAGGGUCACAUCAAUAAAGUUAACUCAGUGCACUACAGCGGAGACAGCAGGCACUGCGUGACUGGCUCCCUCGAUGGCAAGCUCAUCAUCUGGGACUCCUGGACUGGCAACAAAGUUCAAGUCAUCCCUCUGCGCUCUGCCUGGGUGAUGUCCGUUGCUUUCAGUCCCUCCGGGAAUUUCGUGGCUUGUGGAGGAAUGGAUAAUAUGUGCACUGUUUACGAUGUGAAUAAUCGAGACUCCACUGGAUCCGCUAAGAUCGUGAGGGAGCUUCUGGGAUAUGAGGGGUUUUUGUCCUCGUGCAGAUUUUUGGAUGAUAAAACACUCAUUACCGGAUCGGGAGAUAUGAAAAUUUGCAUGUGGGACUUGGAGUCUGGCAAGAAGAACGUCGACUUUCCCGCCCACGCUGGCGACGUUGUCAGUAUCAGUCUGAAUCCGGACGGUCAGACCUACGUCACUGGAUCCGUCGACAAAACCUGCAAGCUCUGGGACUUCAGGGAAGAAAGAGCCAAGCAAACGUUUUUCGGUCACGAGGCCGACGUCAACUCCGUUUGCUGUCACCCAUCGGGUCAAGGUUUCGUCACCGCUUCUGAGGAUAAAACAGCCCGAAUUUGGGACUUGCGGUCUGACCAACAAUUGGCGACAUUCAAACCACCUAGUUCUAAUCCUGGAUUCACCUCGUGCGGGCUGUCGCUGAGUGGAAGAUUUAUAUUUUGCGGGAGUGAUGAUAAUUCUAUUCAUAUAUGGGAUACACUGAAAGUUCAACAUAAUGGCACCAUGAAUGGCCACGAGAACAGAGUAACUUCCCUAAACGUCGCGCCAAAUGGAAUGGCAGUGGCCAGCUGCUCUUGGGACAACUUCGUCCGAAUCUGGGUGUAAUCCAUCGGAAAACGCCAAAAAAUCGAACAUUGUGUCAAGUAAAAAUGAAAAUACUCCGAAAUUAUGAGAAAUUACAAUAAAAUGCGUCUUCUUUCUUUCGAAA